AUGGUGGUGGAGAAAGAAGACCUUGGUUUGAGCUUGACUUUGAGCUUGAGCUUCCCUCAUGAAGAUAAAACUGUUGAAGUUUCGAACAAUCAUCACCUCGAUUAUAACCAGUUUAGCACUUCAUCUCCUCCAUUGAUAAUGCCUUUCUCCUUCAUCACCAAAUCGGCUGCCUGGCCACAAGCUCUCCCUUCUUCUUCUCCAGAUGUCGAGUGUACACAUGAUAAGGAGGCGGAGGGUGGGGGUGCGUGCUCCCCAAACAGCACGAUCUCGAGCUCGAGCGGCGGGAAGAGGAGCAUCAGUGACGAGGACAACUAUGGAUGCCAGGUGGACGCUGAUAGGGCUUGCUCGCGUGGCACCAGCGACGAAGACGAAGAAGCCGACAACGACAAUAGUUUUCGAAACAACAGUAACAAGAAGCUGAGGUUGUCCAAAGAUCAGGCCGCGGUCCUUGAAGAAACCUUCAAAGACCACAAUACCCUCAACCCUAAGCAGAAGACGAGCCUGGCAAAGAGGCUCGGACUCAGGCCCCGCCAGGUGGAGGUGUGGUUUCAGAACCGGAGGGCCCGGACGAAGCUGAAGCAGACGGAGGUCGACUGUGAGUACCUCAAAAGAUGCUGCGAAACCCUAACCGAAGAGAAUCGGAGGCUGCAAAAGGAAGUUCAGCAGCUGAGGGCAAUCAAGCUUUCUCCACAGCUCUACAUGCAAAUGCCGCCCACUACCUUAACCGUGUGCCCGUCGUGCGAUCGUGGGGCCGCACGUCCGUGGGGACGUGCCUUCGACGGUCUCCGCUCGGGUUCUUGA